CGUAAAGAAUGGCGUCUGGUUCUAGUCGGGAUUUAGAGCAAAUUGUGAGAGAUGGACUGAGCACUCUUGUGUUUGCUUUUGGUCACAAAGUUGGGAUAAUUGAUGCCUUCAUUGAAUUCAAAAAUCCAUGCACCGCGGAAGAACUCAGUGAAAAAUCAGGCCAAAAGUUGAGGUACAUUCAAGAAUGGCUUGGCUGCAUGAUCUCAGCAGGAAUCGUCAAACUUCACGAAGACGGCAAAUAUUCACUUCCUUUCGAGAAAUCCCUGUUGAAGACGUCGGGCAUCGUUGCCAGUGUGCUCCCUAUAUUUAGCGAAAUGUUUCCUCAGCUGGAGAAAGUCAUGUCAAAAGAUGGACCAAGGGGUUACGGAUACUAUGACCCUUUUCUUGCCUUGCUGGAUACAUACCGUACACCGGAAGCUCUUCAGGAGUGGAACAAGAACCUAUUGCGUCCUGUAUUAGAACUUAAACCAGGGACCGAGUUUACACUGUUAGAUAUUGGUUGUGGCUAUGGUAAGCAUACAAGAGAGGUAGCCAAAAUGUACCCUAACUGUACUAUUUACGGUAUCGACUCGGAUAAAGUCUCCAUAGAUCAGGCCAUCAAAGAGCUUCAAAAAAGUGAGCAGAAGAACAUCAUCUAUAUCCAUAUGAAAGGUGGACAACUCCCACAGGAUUGGACUGAAAAAUUUGAUUUCGUCUUAAUCAACGAUGUACUUCAUGAUGCAUACGACGUCGAUGGAAUUCUUAAAGAGACUAAGCGAGUCCUCAAACCAGAUGGCUACGGAAUGGCGUAUGAUCCCCCUGUAUCUUCCUAUCCCCAAAAACAAGUCAACGAGCCAAAAGCACAGUUUUUCCUACCCUUUAGCCUUUUCAUUUGCCUUCCGGUCAGUUUAUCGGGUCCGUUUGGAGAAGGACGCGGUGUUGGUUGGGGAUAUGAGCGCAAGAAACAAGAAAUAGAAGAACAUGGGUUUCGAGUGAUUAAAGUUGGCGAAAAAGAUACUGAUACCGUGCAAGAAGGCAUUGUUUUUUCGAAAGCGAAUCCUUAAAUCAUCGGCAUUUUACAUUUUUACAAUACUUAAAGUAACACACACCAAAUUUUAUUUUGGGUCUUUUAUUGUGUUUUUUUAUAUUCAGUAUCAAUAACUGUACUCAUACCUUGUACAUACCCAUACAUUGUAAUUGUUGUAACAUAUCUGUCUUUAUUCAUCUUUGAUUUGUAUAUCUUAUCUAAUGGUUUAGAUACUCAUGAAGGAGAAAAUUCACCAGCUUUGAUAAAAGGUUGAAUAUUC